CUGAUAAGCAUCAGUCAAGCUAGAAGGCCUCAGCGUGACGUCAACUGUGUGUCUGUGUGUGUGUUAAUAAACACGCUGUAUGCACAGCUGGGACUGCAUGAGAGGCUUUCAUGGUCAAAGUGUUCCAGCAGCCUGCAGCAGCUGGUAUCUUCUCACCUGCACACAGAUCAUAUCGGCUCAUCAGAGGCCAAACUAGAACACGUCAUCCCAAACAGGAUCCUUGGAGUCUGGAGAGGAUAUAAGGCAGGCCGACUGGACCUCUGCACCUUUGUGAAGACGUGUGAACUGAACAAUGAGGGCUGUUGGUUUGCUGCUGCUGCUGCUGGCUCUGUGUGGGUCAGGAGCUCAGGGGGAGCUUCAGGAGACGGAGACCACAAAGACAACCACAGCUGACAUCUGGGCGGAGAUGAGUCUUCUGAGAGACAUGGUGGAGGAGCUCAACGCGUACGUGGAUCUGCUGCAGAGAGAGAACUCAGAGCUGCAGACCAGACUGAGCAGCAGUGAGUCCAAGAUCGAGACGCUGAUGUCUUUGGAAACUCGACUGACUGCCACUGAGAGCAAAACAAGUGACCUAGAAACAGAGAACGCAGACCUGCAGACCAGACUGAGCAGCAGUGAGUCCAAGAUCGAGAUGCUGGAGAGAGAAAAUGCAGUCCAAGCUGCAGACCUGAUGUCUCUGGAAACUCGACUGACUGCCACCGAGAGCAAGACAAGUGACCUAGAAACAGAGAACGCAGUCCAAGCUGCAGACCUGAUGUCUCUGGAAACUCGACUGACUGCCACCGAGAGCAAGACAAGUGACCUAGAAACAGAGAACGCAGUCCAAGCUGCAGACCUGAUGUCUUUGGAAACUCGACUGACUGCCACCAUGAACAGAACAAGUGACCUGGAAACAGAGAACGCAGAGAGGAAGGUGGCCUUUUACACAGGUCUGACUGAUUCAGGGCAUGUUGGACCAUUCAACACAGACACCACACUGAAAUACAGCAAAGUCUUCACCAACAUCGGCGAUGCUUACAAUCCAUCUACAGGUUUCUUCACAGCUCCAGUCAGAGGGGUCUACUACUUCCAGUUCACUAUAUGUGGUGGCCAAAAAGGUUGGAUGGGUCUACAGGUGUUCAAGAAUAACCAGAGGAUCAUGUGGAAUGGGGAGAUUAAGGAAGAGGUAGGUGAGGAAUACAUGACUAACUCUGUUGUCUUGGAGCUGAUGGCAGGAGAUCAAAUCCACCUCGUUCUCCCAUGGGGCUAUACUCUCUGGGACUCUUCAAAGAACUACAACACCUUCAGUGGCUCCCUCCUCUUCACACUGUGAGGAUCCUUCAGCUGCUGUCUGACUCCUUAUUGGCUACACUGUGAUUUACUGCAUGUACCAAAUAAUGAGAUUCUGCAUCUGACUUCUCUGUUGUGUCAUCACAUGAAAGCAACAUUGAAAUAAAUCUAUGAAGCAUUCAGAAAACAAUGU